CUUGAAAACAGCCAGUCCGGUUGCCCUACAAGCUGAGAGCGAGAGCCCCGGUCCCAGUACCGAACCGACAGCGAGCCCAGUGCAGCGCGAUGCUCUGCUGAGCGGACAGCCGCCAUUCCCCGGCGAGCAGCGGCGCGGAGAUUAGCGCAGAUUUACGCCAGAAACUCUCCUUCGCCAAACGUCAAAGUCAAUGCGGUGCUCGACCGGAGCGCUGGAGCUCAUCCACCGGCCCCGCCGCCCGCUCUCCGCCGUCAGACACUAACGCGCUUACCGUUCGCCGAGCUCCAGAACCAGGGAUUAGUCGCCGCAGAAAGCCGCGGAGCCGCACUGCUAGCUCGGGCUACCCGGAGGACAAGCGGCCACCGCAGCCCCGCUUCCCGUCAUCAUGGAGUGGUUCAUGAAGGGCAAAGGGAAGCCCAAUGGAAAGAAGCCGCCGACCGAGGAGAAGAAACAUUAUUUGGACGCCGAAUACACCAAAGUACGGGUGGUGGACUUCGAGCUGAAGGAGCUGGUGGUUCUGCCCAGAGAAAUCGACCUCAACGAGUGGCUCGCCAGCAAUACCACGACGUUCUUCAAUCUGAUCAACCUGCAGUACAGCACCAUCUCUGAGUUCUGCACAGGAGACACGUGUCCGGCCAUGAGCGCCUACAGCACGACAUAUUUCUGGUAUGAUGAGAAAGGGAAGAAGACGAAGUGCACAGCACCGCAGUAUGUGGAUUUCGUCAUGAGUUCAGUGCAGAAGCUGGUGACUGAUGAGGACAUCUUUCCUACUAAAUAUGGUAAGGAGUUCCCCAACACCUUCGACUCUCUGGUGAAGAAGAUCUGCAGGUAUCUCUUCCACGUUCUGGCUCACAUCUACUGGUCGCACUAUAAGGAGACGGUGGCCAUGGACCUGCACGGACACCUAAACACACUCUACACGCAUUUCAUAGUUUUUAUAAGGGAAUUCAAUCUGAUGGACCCCAAGGAGACCUCAAUAAUGGACGACCUGACGGAGGCGCUGUGCACACCUCUUCCGCCACAGAACCACGUGACAGAGAGAUGAGCCCCCGGGGCCCGAACGCACAGCUGACCCCCGGGUUCAGACGGACUACAGCGCCCCAAACCCCUCCCCCAACCUUCACCCUUACACAAACAUGUUGUCUUUAGGACCCAGUAAAGGAGCGCUGGAGGAGCUCGUGUUGGCCCUUUAACCAAGAGUCGUCUGCUAAUUCCUCCCGUUUUCACCUUUUUCUUUUGUGGCUAAUUUGGCGACGCAUUCGAGCAGCACUUUCCCCUCCUCUCUUGGUUUCAUAAGGGUCGGUAUCAAGGUUUCUUUUUAUUUUUUAUAGGGUAAAAGGGUGUGUGUGUGUGCGCGUGUAUGUGUGUGUGCGUGUGUAUAUGUGUGUGCGCAUGUAUAUAUGAGUAAGCGUAUAUAUGUGUGUGUAUGUGUAAAUAUAUAUAUUCACACACGUAUAUAAGUUCACACAUACGUGUAUAAAUUUGUGUGAACAUAAAUGUGUUCACGUGCAUAUAUAUGUUUGCGUGCGUGUAUACAUGUGUUCACAUAUGCAUAUGUCCGUGUGCACAUAUGUGUGUGAACAUAUGUUCGCAUAAAGAUGUGUGCGCGUAUAUGUUUGCAUAUGCCGGUGUUCUUGUGUGCACAUAUAUGUUUACAUAUAGAUGCGUGCGCGUAUAUAUUUGCAUAUGCAUGUGUCCGUGUGCACAUAUGUGUGUGCACGUAUAUAUGUUCGCAUAAAGAUGUGUGCGCGUAUAUGUUCGCAUAUGCCGGUGUUCUUGUGUGCACAUAUAUGUUUGCAUAUAGAUGCGUGCGCGUAUAUAUUUGCAUAUGCAUGUGUCCGUGUGCACAUAUGUGUGUGCACAUAUAUUCGCAUAAAGAUGCGUGCGCGUAUGUGUUCGCAUAUGCCGGUGUUCUUGUGUGCACAUAUAUAUGUUUGCAUAUAGAUGCAUGCGCGUAUAUAUUUGCAUAUGCAUGUGUCCGUGUGCACAUAUGUGUGUGAACAUAUGUUCGCAUAAAGAUGCGUGCGCGUAUAUGUUCGCAUAUGCCGGUGUUCUUGUGUGCACAUAUAUGUUUGCAUAUAGAUGCGUGCGCAUAUAUGUUUGCAUAUGCAUGUGUCCGUGUGCACAUAUGUGUGUGCACGUAUAUAUGUUCGCAUAAAGAUGCGUGCGCAUAUAUGUUCGCAUAUGCCGGUGUUCUUGUGUGCACAUAUAUAUGUUUGCAUAUAGAUGCGUGCGCGUAUAUAUUCGCAUAUGCAUGUGUCCAUGUGCACAUAUGUGUGUGCACAUAUGUUCGCAUAAAGAUGCGUGUGCAUAUAUAUUCGCAUAUGCCUGUGUUCAUGUGUGCACAUAUAUAUGUUUGCAUAUAGAUGCGUGCGCGUAUAUGUUCACAUAUGCAUGUGUCCGUGUGCACAUAUGUGUGUGUACAUGUAUAUGUUCACAUAAAGAUGCGUGCGCGUAUAUGUUCGCAUAUGCCGGUGUUCGUGUGUGCGCAUAUAUAUGUUUGCAUAUAGAUGCGUGCGCGUAUAUGUUCGCAUAGGCAUGUGUUCGUGUGCACAUAUGUGUGCACAUAUAUAUGUUCACCUGCACAUAUAGAUGUGUUAGCAUACGCAUAAAUGUGUUUGUGUGCACAUGUAUAUGUGUGCAUGUAUGUAUGUGUGCACGUAUGUGUUCGCGAGUGCAUAUAGAUGUAUUCUUGAGCACGUCUGUGUUCAUGAGCGCAUAUGUGUUUGCCAGCGCGUAUAUGUUGGCAUACGCAUGUAUAUGUGUUAAUGCACGAGUAUAUAUGUGUGCACGUGUCAAUGCGUUCGCAAGCGCGUAUAUAUGUUCAUGUGUAUGUAAUUGCGUAUGCAUAUACAUGUGUUCAUGUGCACAUAUAUAUGUGUUCACGUUUGCAUAUGUGCGUUCGUAAGCGCCUAUGUGAUUGUGGGCCAUAUAUACGUGUGCAUGUGUGUGUUCACAAGCGCGUAUGUGUUCGUGUGCACGUAUGUGUGCACAUAUAGAUGUGUUCGCAGCGCAUAUGUGUUCACAUUUACGUAUGCGCGUAUAUGUUCAUGUCCAUCUAUAUGUAUUUGCGUGCACAUAUAGAUGUUUGCGUGCGCGUAUGUGUUCGCAGAUACAUAUACAUGUGUUCUGGUGUAUGUAUACAUGUGUUCAUGUGCACACACAUGUGUGUGUGUGUGUGUGUUUGUUCAAGGCUUUUGCACUCAGGAACUGAGAGAGCCGUCAAUGCUACCUGCUCACCCACAGGCCUCUUGGUGUCACUUUAUUCAUCAUAUAGCUACAAAAAACGGCCCUCCAUGUACAUGUUGCGUAUUAGCAUGUUAACCACUGUAGAGGAGGCCGGUUUAGGCGGCCAUGUUGGCUCCAGAGUCUGGCUCCGCAUCUGUUUUUCUCUCUCUCUGAAAAUGACAAAGACAUUGGUGUUGUCUGCUGUUGAUCCGGGCUCUGGACGUCCCGCGUUUGGGUUGUAAUCAUGUCUAGCGUCAUUCUGAAAAGACGAUUCGUUGAACGGAAAAGAAUGUACACUUUAGUCUCUAUGUAUGAUGGCAGAGAUUAUUAUUAUCUGGGAGCGCCUGAGAAAAGAACGCCGGCUGUUUGAGUUCUUCAUCAUCAUCACUGCGGCUCCGUGACCUCUUGGUGAGAUGACCGGACCUUUUUGCUUUUUAUUUAAUUUAUUUCUUCAUGUUUCUUUCUGUUUAUUUUUUCGGUUUUGUUUGUUUUAGUUGACUUUUUCAGGGCUCCUCAGUUCUGGCUUUUUGUUUUAUGUAUUUUAAUAAUACUUUAAGUUAAAAGCGAUUUAAUAUUUUAAGCUCUGCAAAAUUAUAACCUAAUAAAAUAUUUAAAAGUCA